GCCGGCAGUGAAGCCAUCUGGCGCCAGCUAGUUGGCUACAUAAAGUUGUCGUGGGAUACGGGCAAUGCACAAGCGUGGGCGGAUAAGGAAAGGGGGGUGCGCCAUAUGCAAGUCUAGAUCUACAAUGGGAUCCACCCCGGCAGCAGCAGCGGGUGGGACUCCUGGCAUGAGGGAGGCUCGUUCGCGUCAUUUGGGGGUGAAAUAGGGAACGGCGUCCGUUGCAGGGAAUACUAAUAAUAAUAAUAAUAAUAACGUCGAGUCUUCUUUCCCUAGCAUCUUGCUUGCUUUGCUUUGCUCCCCUCUUUCUCCUCUUGUUUGCUUUUUAGCCUUGUUCGUUAAAGAAGCUUGUUCGUGCCGACUCGAGAUAGACCGACUGCAUACCGAUGCGAAGCGAGACAGCCACGCCGACAGAGAGAUACGAUGGACUACGGAUACGCUGCACCCAUGGAGAGCCCUUUUGUGAUCCCACAUGAGGAUGUCGAGGCGCUGGGCACUUCCAAGGCCUUUUGUGCGCUGAGGAGGCAUUUGGCCAGAGAUGCUGACUUCUGCGCAACACACUCGCAAUGUUCUCCCCAGGCGAAGCAGACAUAUCUCCUCCACCGCGACAUGCUCCACGCCCUCAUCAUGCCCGUCGUGACCCUCUUCUCCCGCGCGUCAACACUGGCCUCGGCCGCACUCUGCACACAGCGCGCCUCUGAUCUUGAGCUCGCCUUCUCGGGCGAAUCGCGCAGCGCAUUCAUUGGCCUCCAAUGCUUCAUCACAGAGGAGGCAGACUGGUGCCGUACACGUGGAUGUCCCGCAUGCGUCGUCACCGCAACUCUGAGCACCGACAGCCACAUCCGAUUGACUAUUGCAGCCAGCCUGCUUAGCACAGCAAACAUCGCUACCCCAACGCAAGAAGAGCCACCGCAGGACAUCGAAGACAAGACCCUUCCGCCGCUCCCUCACAUCCUCCCCGCGCUCCAGCACGCCGUUAUCAACGAUCCGUUCUGGGAAGGCUCAGAGAUCUGGGGCUACAUCCUUUCGCGCGCAACACAACUCUCCGCCGGCAUCCAAGCCCUCAUCGCCGAAUGCGUAAACCUCGAGUCCCUUGUCUCAUCACCUACCACCGAACGCCCCGGCUCAAAGCGUGGUUUGACACAUCCCACCGUUCCUUUUGUUGUGUCAGGACAAGCAGUUCAGGAAAAGGGCGUCAAGCUCAGGAAGAGCAAGCUGGCCAAGCGCCAACUGAGACUGCGCGACGAAGAGGUGGAGCUCAUGCGCAGAGUUGCCAUGCAGUGCUGGGCCAAGGCUCAGGUACCCAAGCAUGUCAGAGGAGAGGUGCUGGGUUUGGGCGAUAGCAAGAGGACAAGGAGUCUGACCUGUCCGUAAACAACUACUUCGCAUAGUCGGCAGGGAAUGUGUCGAUUGCGAGGGUGUUACAUGGCGUUUCUUGGUGUUUGGCUCGCAUAUGGAUGAUACCACAGCAUACCACUUUUCUUUGGGUUUGGUCUCUGAUGCCACGGGGCUGGUUGGUCUCGGGGCGGUAUUGGGCAUAUACACGGCUUUGGGACUUUUCCUAUGUUCAGCAUUAGAUACUACUGGGGUAUUUCGAGCGUAUGUGACAAGUU